AUGGCGAAAGAUGUCAACAUCGAUGGGCAGUUGAUGGCCAUAGUCACUGAGCUCAAGGAGCUUCAGGAGAUCGGCGUAGCCCAGGAAGUGGAAGUCAAGAAGUCGUCUGUUCAGAACCAGAUGCUCAUCGACAGCAACGAAAAUCUCAAGGGUCACCUAGAGGAUCAACACAAGACAAUGACAGAGAACCAUGAUCAGACUGUCUCUCUGAAUGCCAAUGUCCAAAAGCGGGCGGCAGACCGAGAGACUUAUACCCGAUUUCUCGACGAUUUCUCGGAGGAGGCUGAAAGGCUCAAAGCACAAAGAUCACCCAAUGAGCAUUUCGCUCGGAUUGAUGCCCAAGUUUCCUGUCGUGACGCCCAAGUCAUCACUGCUUGCCGUCCUGUGUCCCAACAUCGCAGCCAGCCGCGUCGCCCGGGCCGCUUUGAAGGCAACCUACAUGGUCUUGCCCGACCUCAAACAGAAGUCUACAUAUGCAAAGAUCCUAGCGAGGACAAGCAAGUCGUAACAAGGGCGAGAUCAAGACGACGUUUUUCGACAGCCUAUGCCUACGGGCAGAGAGCCAACGCCAUUCAUCUAGACACUCUACAAUUUUCUGUUGACAGUUUUGGAUACACCUGUCGAGAACAUGUCUCCAAGAUGGUCUUGAGGAGGUCAUCGCUGGCUACACAUAGCGGUCUCGUUGGUCCCGCACCUCCGAUUUACCAGGUACCUGGCGAGACUUGCCGUACAUUUCUACUGUCAUCUCCAGGAGAGGUUCAUAUUCUGCAAUACCAGCGGCGACAUCGUCAACAUGGUAACAUUGUACCGCAAUAUCGACAGCUCAGUGAUAUCGGUGUCAGCAAGCCUACGGGUACAGCCCAGCCUAUUUGGUCUAGCAGUAAUGAUCCUAUGCGAUCGAUGACAAGAUUCAAUGACUGGGUUGGAGUUUUGGAUGUACACCAAAGGACGCGCCAUGGCUAG